GGUUCAACGCCUGCGCGGCGCUCAGCCACAAUCGCUCAUCUGCCCUUGCUCAGCAUGUCUUCAAACCUCGCCUUCCUCACGAACUCCCACAAAAUCAUCGCCGCCAAAAAGCGUGCAAAGAAGGCGCAGAUCAAGGAGGUCUUAUUCGACGACGAUGCCCGCAGGGAAUUCUUGACUGGGUUCCACAAGCGCAAGGUGCAAAAGAAGGAGGCUGCCAAACAGAAAGCUAUUGAAAGGGAGAAACAAGAGCACCUGGAAGCGAGGAGAGAGAAACGUAGAAUGCUUGCCGAACGUGCUGCUCAGAACGCGGCGGAAGUGGAGAAGGCAUAUGGCGGUGCAACCGAAGAGCAGAGCGCAUCGGGUGACCAAUGGUCCGGUCUGUCGGCGGGCACAUCCGCCGACAAGGGUGAAGAGAGACAGCAAAAGGAAGAAUACGAGUACGAAGAGGAAGUAGCGACCGUGACUGUCGUCGAGGAUUUUGAUCCCGACGCUCUCAUUCAUGGAUCGAGUGGUCCAGAUAAGCGAGCCGAGGCGAAUGCUCAAGACCAUCCGGGGCGCCCAUCACACACAAACAGCGGUGGCCGGCAGAAUACAAGCAGCGCGACAUCCAAACAGAAAAAUAAAGCUGCUGUAGGCCGAACGAAGAUGGCAACCAAGACAGCAACCAAAGCAAAAGACAUUAAAUACCUGACAAAUGCGGCGCGAAAAUCAGACAGAAUAAAACAGAAUAGACGGAAGGUGGAGAAGGCUGAGCGAGCGGGAGGUAAAACGUCGCGCAAAAGCGGCGGGGGCCGCAGGAAGCGGUGACGGCAAAAUGCUGCAUGCUACCCGCACUAUGCUCUUUACGGCAGCUGUUCUUUCUACUCGCUUCGGUUGAUAGAUGGUUUUCUUUCACACGCAGACAUUGGCGCGAUCCCCGUAGUACGUAUCACCGUAUCCAUGAGUAACAGAUGCUAUUCUUGACCAACAGACAGCCUCUUCCAUCCAAUCCAAAUUACAUAUGGUCUGUCUAAAAUGCCGUCGACCCUGAAAACCUUCCAUGCGCCCUCCGGCGAUAGAGCAAGCCAUCGCUCCAAAAACUCUCUGACAACAUCUUCUGCUCGUAAUUCAGUCACCACCAGGACCG